AGGACCAUGGACUCCAGGAACAUGCUUGUCGUUUACUCUGUGAACUUGGAGAAAAAGCUGAACGCUGCUGCCCACCACACGAUUGAGUACCAAACUCAGAAGCUCGUGCUCAGGCGUGGACAGAUAUUCACCCUGAAGGUGAUGCUAAACAGACCGCUCCAAUCUCAUGAUGAACUGAAGCUGAUAUUCAAUACUGGACAGGACAUGCCAUUCUACACCGUGGAGCUUGAUCCAAUGGCAUCCCACCGUUCCAACGGCUGGCAGGUGAAGAUUGCUAAACAGUCCGGCGUAGAGGUUGUGCUGAAUGUCAUCAGUGCUGCCGACGCCGUGGUGGGGAGGUACACGAUGAACGUGAACAAAUUUGACGCUGGAGUGUUCUUCCUUCUCUUCAAUCCGUGGUGCUCAGAUGACAGCGUCUUCAUGGCUAGUGAGGAAGAACGAGCAGAGUACGUCCUUAACGAUACCGGUUACAUGUACAUGGGUUUUGCCAAACAGAUUAAAGAGAAGCCCUGGACCUUUGGUCAGUUUGAGAAGUACAUCUUGAACUGCUGCUUCCGAUUGUUGACCCAUUUGGAGCCCAAGGAUAUGCAGAGCCCAGUGCUUGUGUCCAGGGCCAUUUGUACUAUGAUGUGUGCUGCAAACAAUUUUGGAGUGCUGGUGGGGAACUGGACAGGAGACUAUAGCAAUGGCACUGCCCCGUAUGUGUGGGCCAGCAGUGUACCCAUUCUCCAGCAGCACUACAUCACCAGUAUGCCUGUACGCUUUGGCCAGUGCUGGGUUUUCUCUGGAGUCCUGACCACAGCACUGAGAGCAGUGGGCAUCCCAGCUCGCAGCGUGACUAACUUUGAGUCAGCCCACGAUACAGAAAAGAACCUCAGAGUAGACAUCUACCUGGAUGAAUCGGGCAAGACAAUUCCACAUCUGACCAAAGACUCUGUCUGGAAUUUCCAUGUGUGGACAGAUGCCUGGAUGAAAAGACAGGAUCUACCCCAGGGCCAUGAUGGUUGGCAGGUCCUGGAUUCUACACCACAGGAAAUCAGCGAAGGACAGUUCCGCAUUGGACCUUCACCGUUGUCUGCUAUCCGCCAGGGAGCGGUCCAAACCAUGUAUGACACCACAUUUGUGUUCACGGAGGUGAACGGUGACAAGUACAUCUGGCUGGUGAAGCAGAACCAGGAAAGGGAGAAGAACGUCCUCAUCGCCGUGGAGACUGCUAGCAUCGGCAAGAACAUCAGCACCAAGAUGGUGGGCGAGAACAGGCGUCAAGAUAUUACCUUGCAUUACAAGUUCCCAGAAGGCAGCCCAGAGGAGAGGAAGGCCAUGGAGAAGGCCUCUGGGAAACGUCCUGAUGACAACUCUCGGACACUGAGCAACAGCCUUCACAUAUCUGUCCUCCAGAACUCUGUGGAGCUAGGGCAUCCUAUCAAUUUGACCAUCGUGUUGAAGAGGAAAACGGCCACACCACAGAAUGUCAACAUUUCAUGCUCCCUUGACCUACAGACAUACACAGGCAACAAGAAGACAAACCUGGGAGUCAUCCAGAAGACCGUGCAGAUUCAAGGCCAAGAAUCAGAGGUGUCUCUCAGCAUGGAUUCCAGUCUCUACAUCUAUAAACUGGGCAUGGUUGAUGAUGAGAUGGUCAUUAAAGGGUUCAUCAUUGCAGAAAUUGUUGAUUCUGGUGAACGGGUAGCCACUGAUACGACCCUGUGUUUCCUGUACUCUGCCUUCUCUGUAGAGAUGCCGAGCACAAGCAAGGUCAACCAGCCUCUGACCAUCACCUGCAACUUCAAGAACACCCUGCCCAUCCCUUUGACUAACAUCAAGUUCUCAGUGGAAAGCCUGGGCCUCAAUAACAUGAAGUCCUGGGAGCAAGAGACGGUGCCGCCCGGAAAGACCAUCAAUUUCCAGAUAGAAUGCACCCCAGUGAAAACUGGACCCAGGAAGUUCAUUGUCAAGUUUAUUUCCAGACAAGUGAAAGAGGUUCACGCCGAGAAGGUCGUUCUCAUCACAAAGUAGCCCAUCUGAUACCACUGAGAUGGAGGCAGGAGCCCUGAUUGGCUCUGAGCCUUGGUUAAGCAUGUUAGCAUUUCCUAAAUUGCAUUUAGCUCUCAGGUCAGGAAUGAUUAAAUUUU